ACUUUUUACAUCUCCGUUUCUCUUUGCCUUGUUUUUUUCUUCACCUCUUAGCACUUAGGCGAUGGUGGACUGGGGGCCGGUAUUGGUGGCGGUGGUAUUGUUCGUGUUGAUGUCGCCGGGACUACUGUUCCAGAUCCCGGGUAAAAGCGGACAGGUGGUCGAGUUUAGCAACUUCCACACCAGCAGCGCGUCUAUUCUCGUCCACGCCAUCAUCUAUUUCGCCCUCAUUACCCUCUUCCUCAUCGUCAUUGGCGUCCACGUCUAUGCCGGUUAGACUCAACCCAGCACCGCAAGGCAUAUAACUGAAGGUGUUUUCUUCCAUCUAUCUAUAUCAGCUGCUAGAUUGUGACCAGUACCCGUACUUCUUGCUCCUCGUCUUUUCAUUCUGCAAGUUCUAUAAGACCACCGAGAAAAAAAAA